CAACAACCGUCAAAACGACCAACGCACCAGUAUCCACUCUACUCGAAAGCAAGCUUCAGUAGAUAAGGUUUUUCCCUCUCCUCCACCCUCCGUCUCCGGCCAUGGCGGAAGCUUCCAGGAUCUUCCAGACCACACUCAUGCCUUCAUUAUCGCAAAGUUUAUCCCUCAGAAAGCCUUGCUCUCUGACGAUCGCUCAACGAAAAACCUCACCAACGAUCAUCCGCUGCACGAUCUCCACCAGCAGCAGCGAUACAGCUAAGGCUGCCGCGGCUCCUCAGCCGAUACCUUGGGGUUGCGAAAUAGAUUCUCUGGAGAACGCGGCUUCGUUGCAGAAAUGGCUGACGGAUUCCGGUUUGCCGCCUCAGAAAAUGGACCUACGGAAGGUUGAUGUUGGAGAGCGGGGUCUUGUUGCGAAUAAUAACAUCAGGAAGGGGGAGAAAAUUCUAUUUGUACCUCCCUCACUCGUCAUCUCCGCCAAUUCGGAGUGGAGUUUUCCAGAAGCAGGGGAAGUUUUGAAGAGAUAUGAUGUACCAGAUUGGCCAUUGAUUGCAACUUACCUAAUUAGUGAAGCAAGUCUUAUGAAAUCGUCUAGAUGGAGCAACUAUAUAUCAGCCUUACCAAGACAGCCUUACUCCCUUUUAUACUGGACACGAGCUGAAUUAGAUAGGUAUUUGGAAGCAUCACAGAUUAGAGAACGAGCAAUUGAAAGAAUCAACAAUGUAACUGGAACAUAUAAUGACUUGAGAGACAGAAUUUUUUCCAAGCAUCCUAAUUUAUUUCCUGAAGAGGUGUUCAACAUGGAAACAUUUAGAUGGUCAUUCGGUAUUCUUUUUUCAAGAUUGGUUAGGUUACCUUCACUGGAUGGAAGGGUUGCCUUAGUCCCUUGGGCAGAUAUGCUGAAUCAUAGCUGUGAUGUGGAAACCUUUUUGGAUUAUGAUAAAUCAUCAAAAGGAGUUGUAUUCACAACUGAUCGUCCAUAUCAGCCAGGUGAGCAGGUGUUCAUUUCAUAUGGCAGAAAAUCUAAUGGAGAACUCCUGCUCUCAUAUGGAUUUGUGCCAAGACAAGGGACAAACCCACGUGACUCAGUUGAGUUGCCAUUGUCCCUUAAAAAAUCAGAUAAAUGUUAUCAAGAGAAACUGGAAGCUCUGAAAAAGAACGGGUUAUCAGCAUCACAGUGUUUUCCUUUACAAGUGACUGGUUGGCCAUUGGAGCUGAUGGCAUACGCGUAUUUAGCUGUGAGUCCCCCUAGUAUGAGUGGAAAGUUUGAAGAGAUGGCUGCAGCAGCAUCAAAUAAAUCCACCACCAAUAAGGAGAUCAGGUAUCCUGAACUAGAGGAACAAGCAUUCCAGUUUAUCUUGGAUAACUGUGAAUCCAGCAUUUCAAAGUACACCAAAUUCCUUCAGGCAAGUGGAUCAAUGGAUUUGGAUAUAACAUCUCCAAAGCAACUCAACCGAAAAGUGUUCCUUAAACAGCUAGCUGUAGACUUGUGCAAUAGUGAACAGAGAAUUCUCUUUCGUGCUCAAUACAUAUUGAGGAGAAAAUUAAGGGAUAUGAAGAAAGGUGAGCUCAAGGCUCUAAAUUUGUUUGAUAGUGUCACAAAGUUUUUCAAAUGAAUGGCCAGAUAUGAACACACACACACACACACACAUGGCUAUUUAAUACUUGGAUAUUUUGUCAGACCUUCAACAAGAUUGUAAACAGGUAUAUCAACCAUUUGCAAUAAAUAUUCCUCAGGGUUUAAAUUGUAGUGUGUAAUCAAUUAUUAUUUUUUUUUUAUUUUUUUUUUUUAAUUUGCAAUUAGCAAAUUACAUUUUGAACCAAGUCUGUGUUG